AUGCCGUCGCCGCCAGGUGUGACUUUGCUGAAGAGGUCGGCGACUGAUGCCUACAGGCGACCUGUGAACUGUCUCGCCCCAGAUGAGCACUACGACGCGACUCCCAGAAGAUACUCGACAAGGGAUCGUUCCCCGGCGUACGGCAGGACGGCAAGAGUGCUGCUUGAAUACUCGGGACACUCGAGCGCCACCAGUGGGCUUGCUUAUGGCGAUGAUGAUGAUGAUGAUGAUGCCGAUCAUAUAGAAGUUGUAGAAGAGGUGGAAGAGGAGCCAGCCUCUUACAGGAACAGGCGACAGCCUAGCCGCGAUGAGUACAUGGACUCGUCGUUGGAUAGGCGAUAUCGCCGGCGAAGGAGGCGAGCGUAUGCAGAAGACGAUUCGGGGUCGAGGAAGCACUAUACUGCUAGCGACGCAGGCUCGGCAACUUUUGAAUCUUCGCGAACGCUGGAUCAGAGCGUCUGCUCUCGCCAAGGGCCACGGCGCUACGUACCGGACGUGAUUGAAGACUCCAGACCUCCUGUAUCCGGCAAGAGGCCGUUGAUGCACAGACGCUACAGGUCUGCCGAGGUCAUUCAACUCGAUCAGCCGAAAACCAGACGAUCGAGCACUGUUGGAUCGAGUCGAAGUAGAGCUGGUUCUGUGUCAGGUCAUCCGGCCGGCUUCAUAGGGAGCAUCUUCGGAGCUCCCCCAAGGCGACAAGACAUUGUUAGGGAAACCAGAAGCCACAGAAAGCGCGUCGAAUGUGUUAUUUGCAUGGGAGACGUACCUGCAGCCAAGGCGUCGAAGCUGAAGUGCGGCCACUCCAUGUGUCGUCCUUGUCUCGAGCGCAUCUUCAAGCUCUCCAUCACGGAUCCACAACACAUGCCACCACGGUGUUGUUCCCAAGAUCAUAUCCCUCUCAAACACGUCGACACGCUGUUCGAUCCUAGCUUCAAGAAGACGUGGAACCGCAAAUUUGCCGAAUUUUCCACCAAAAAUCGAAUAUACUGCCCGUCUCGGAAGUGCGGGGAAUGGAUCAAGCCAGCAAAUAUCAGACCGACUGUUGAUUUACUAGCCCAAGCAAAGGAAGAGGGGUGGAAGAGGUGUUACAAAUGCAGGGCUUUGGUCGAACUGAAGGAGGGCUGCAAUCAUAUGACUUGUCGAUGUGGUGCUCAGUUUUGUAUGAUAUGUGGAGUGAAAUGGAAAAACUGUGACUGCCCCUGGUUUAAUGAUGACGACCGACGAGGAGAUUUUCCAGAGGACACGGACGUACCUGUCCCCAACAUUCGAGGCGACCUGGGCGACGUUUACCGUGGCAACGGACCACCUUCAGCCGUAGAGAUACGAGGUCACACAGGACUCGGCCAGACGACGAGGAUGCCUAUCCGUCGCCGACCCCGGACCUAUCAGGAGGAAAUGCAUAUGAGAAGGGUUCAGGAAAGCCAAGACGCCGACAUGGCGCGGCACCUGCAGUACGAGUAUGAUGACGACUAUUAUGACGAACAUGAUCAAGGAUUGAUGGGCGGCGUCGGGGAUAUUCACAACACCAGCAACGCGGCAGGACAUUAUAUAAAUGAAGGCUACAGACAUGACGGCGGUCGAUACAGAUCAUCCCGGCCGAGAGCCUACGAUAGAACAGAUCAUGGCGAUGCGUACCGCUCGCGAGGGUCACGGGUUGAGACCUCUCGAGAGCGCAGACUUGCAGACCGGCUGGCCGAGGGUAGAUCAGGAAUGGGAUCGCCUCCCGCGACGGGACCCAUUUACCCGGUAGGCAUGAUGAGAGCGGUACCGCCAGCGCCUCCUCCUCCUCCUCCACCUCCUCCUGCAGCCCCGGCCCCUCCCCAGGGUCAUGCACGUACGCUACGACAUCACGGUCUGGAAGGGGAAAUGUACAAUACCUCAGCAUACACACCACGAUCGGAAAGAGCUGUUGUUGCGCGGAUACCAAGGGAUUACGAGGACGAAAAAGACAUUCACUCGCCGCCCAGAAGCAGACGAGGCCAACGGGAACACAGGCUCAGAUCAUCCGAUUUGGCAGGAUUGAACGGCGCCGGGGUAGGGAUGGAUCGCGUUUCGCAGUGGAGGACCUUUGUAGAACCUGGCGUGCCUGAUGGUGAGAGCACUCUUGGACAUGCAUAG